AUGGAUCCAGCUGUGGUCCUGGUGCUCUCUCUCUCCUGUUGGCUUCUCCUUUCACUCUGGAAACAGAGCUCCAGGAAAGGGAAGCUCCCCCCUGGCCCCACUCCUCUCCCUAUUAUUGGAAAUAUUCUACAGUUAGACGUUAAGGACAUCAGCAAAGCCUUAAGUAAUGUAAAUAUCUCUCAAAGCCCUGUUUUCACUCUGUAUUUUAGCAUCAAGCCCACUGUGGUGCUUCAUGAAUAUGAAACAGUGAAGGCAGCCCAGAUUGAUCUGGGAGAGGAGUUUUCCAGAAAAGGCAGUUUGCCAGUGAUUGAAAGAGCUAAUAAAGGACUUAGAAUCCUUUUCAGCAAUGGGAAGAGAUGGAGAGAAAUGUGGCAUUUCUCCCUCAUGACCCUAAGGAAUUUUGGGCUGGGAAAGAGGAACAUUGAGGAUCAUGUUCAUGAGGAAGCCUGCUGCCUUGUGGAGGAGUCAAGAAAAACCAAUGGUGAGUGA